ACGAGUGUGAGUACUAAGUAGCAUGCCCUGUUCGCACAAGGAACAGAUGGCGGAGGGAGUCUGUGAAUUGCCUAUUGUUCGCUUCCUUUGCUCUUGCGACAAUACUUUCCAGGCUGUCUGUCUGUCCGUCUAACGCCACACGUAGCGCGUGGAGGGAAGUCAGUUGGCGAUAAUGUCUACAAACCGCACCCAAGUCCAGACUGUCACAGUCGGAGGAGGGGGCAUUGAAAGUGCAGAUAGAUUACCUGGGUGCCAGUAAUUUCCUGGCGGCAUGCUUGCCAGACCCAUACGCGGUGGUCAAAGCAAGCAAACCACAUACCGCGCCGAGAGGUCAAGCCUGUGGAAUGGCUGUCGUAUGUUUGUUUUGCUUGGGAUUCCUCUUCACCCUCCCGGGCACCCGCCAGCAUUAGGUGCAAUAGGCUUGGAAUGCGACCCUCUACCUGGAUGGUCUGCUCUUCCGUCACACCUGAUUCCUCCCAGGUUGAAGAAACGUUACCGGAUGGAAAUCAUGAUGGUCAAAGCCAAGCCCGUCCUUCCCUUUGAUUCUUCCGAGAUGUUAUCCAAAGCCCCUAGGCUCGUGGAUCGACGACGACGUCAUUACGGACAAAGACACGCCCCAGAGGUGGUUGGGGUCUCUCGCAAGUCAAGGCGGCACUACAUUCCUCCCUUCGUUGCACGAAUACAGGGGGCACAGGGUGGCACUUGCCAAUUGCCACACGUCCGCCCGGCCUGUCAAAUGCCUGGGGCAAUCUUAUCUUCUACUACUCCUUGUCUGCGUUAAGUUCAAGUUAAAGACGCAGGGGUGACUAUGCCCCUUCCAUACGAAGUGCUACAAAUCGGAUGAGGGGCAUUCGACAAAGGGCGCGAUUGGCAUCAACUUUCGCGUAGCGUCAACCCCCUGGCCACGCGCCAACUGUCUACAUCUAGUCCUGGGAAUGAUACGGAGUAGAGAUCUGAGAACUACCGAUU